AUGUCUUUAAUUCAAAAUCAUUCACUAGAACCACAAUCCAAAAGGCGAAAGCUCCAACAAGAGACUAACUAUUCGUCGUCGUCUUCUUCUACUAAUUGUGGUCACUUCUUCGUUCGUUACGGAAUCUGUUGCAAUUGUAGAUCCACGGUAGGGAAACAUGAAGGCCGAGCAUUCGACUAUCUGGUCGACGGUUUACAGUUAAGCCACGAAGCCAUUGCGGUUACGAAGCUACUCACAACACACGUCACUUGUCUCAACGACAAGAAACUUCACUUGGUACUUGACUUGGACCACACGCUUCUCCACACCGUUAUGGUUUCGAUGCUUUCCGAAGAAGAAAAGUACAUAAUCGGAGAAGUUGGUUCAAGAGAAGAUCUAUGGAGGUUUAACGGCGGCCACUCGAGCGAGUUUUUAAUAAAGCUAAGACCUUUUCUUCAAGAGUUUCUUAAAGAAGCCAACGAGAUGUUCAACAUGUAUGUUUACACGAUGGGUAGUCGUGAUUAUGCAAAGACCGUUUUGAAGCUGAUUGAUCCCAAGAGAGUUUAUUUUGGAGAUCGAGUCAUAACCAGAGAAGAGAGUCCUUAUGUAAAGACGCUUGAUCUUGUGUUAGCUGAUGAGUGUGGAGUUGUGAUUGUGGAUGAUACUCCACAAGUCUGGCCUGAUCAUAAGAGGAACUUGCUAGAGAUCACCAAGUACAAAUAUUUUAGAGAUAAAACAAGAAGCGAUGUGGAGUACUCGAAAUCUUAUGCAGAGGAGAAGAGAGACGAGAGUCAUAAGGAUGGAUCGUUGGCGAAUGUUUUGAAAGUUCUCAAGGAAGUUCAUGAACGAUUCUUCAAAGACGGAGUUGAGAAAGAGUUAAAAAUUGAUCCAAAAGAUGUGAGGCUGCCGCUGCAUGAUCUCUGCACACCACAAUGUGGAUUUUGAC